AUGCAGACUGCUUCUACAAACAUUUGUGAAAGACUGUGCAAUAAGUCACCUGUGCAAUAAAUUGCUACUAAAUAUUCCACAGUCAACUGUUAGCUGUAUUAUAACAAAGUGGAAGCAACUGGGAACAACUGCAACUCAGCCAUGAAGUGUUAGGCCACGGAAAAUGACAAAGCGGGGUCAGUGCAUGCUGAAUCGCAUAGUGCUCAGAAGUCACCAACUAUCUACAGAGUCAAUAGCUAAAGACCUCAAAACUUCCUGUGGCCUUCAGAUUAGCACAACAGUAUGUAGAGAGCUUCAUGGAAUGGGUUUUCAUGGCCGAGCAGCUGCAUCCAAUCCUUAUAUCACCAAGUGCAAUGCAAAGCGUCAGAUGCAGUGGUGUAAAGCAUGUUGCCACUGGACUCUA